GUCUCCGAACAGCCUACGCUCGCCUGGUACCUGCUUAGUCGGCUUCUAGAUAUAAACUUCCAAAUUGCUACUUACGCCAACCAGUUAUCGAUAAAAGGUCCCACUACUUGGACGUCUACUUUGAGACGUCCAGAAAUCCGUUUGGGCGAUCCUACCAGGCAAUGGCAACCCCGUCAUUGGUUGGCCCGGAUUCAGGAGGCCCGAGGCCUAAUUAGCCUCCAGUUGGGUAGGCCGGAUUUAGCAGAAGCUGAUCUCACCAAAGCAAUUAGCCUAGACCCGGAAUGGGCAGAUGCUCGAGUAAACUUGGGCGUGGUGCAUCAAUGCAGGGGUCAGAUCGUCCAGGCUAUGAGCGAAUAUAGGUCUUUGCCUUUAAUUUAA